AUUAUUAAAGUGAAGCUGCUUUUUGAACCAGUCGGUGUUGAUGCUAACGAGACACUCACAGUUCUUACAGUGACUUGUGAUGGCGGACGUAUAUUUCUGGAGACAGAGUUUAAUACUCAUUGCCGAUUCAAUACAUUCCAUCGGCGCAGGGUUUCUGCUGAGCUUUCCUUCGAUACUGAACCCAGCUAUACUGUCUCCAAAUGCUACUGACAUCAUCGCCACACCGCAAGAAGCGUCAUGGAUAAAUGCAAGUUUCGGAUUCGCCGGCAUGCUUGGAUUUUGCGUUGUACCACCGAUAAUGCAGGGCCUGGGCAGAAAAUUUGUUCACAUCAUGCUGAAUGCCGUCGUCGCACUUGGAUUCAUCAUAUUCUUCUUCGCGAAUAGUGUCCCAGCAUUAUUUGUUGCAAGAUCUGUUCAAGGUUUAUCAGCAGCUGGUGUUACACUCACUGCCAUGAUUAUAGCAGAAUAUUCAGAUCCUGAAAGAAGAGGUUACUUCAUGAUUUUAAAGAAUAUGACAGUUUCUUUAGGAUCACUAGUCUGCCAUUCUUUGUACUUCUGCUGGGAUUGGAGACAGGUUGCAGCGUUAUCAAUUGUCCCUUAUUUGAUAUCAAUAAUCUUGACAUUCCUUUGGCCUGAGAGUCCGUCUUAUUAUGCAAUGAAAGGACGCUACAAGGAAUGUACUCAGUCAUUCACAUAUUUAUUUGGAGAUUCACCAAAAAGUAAGAAAAAUUUGGAGCAUCUGAUAUCAACACAAAAGGAAAGGCGGCAACAAAUGCAGAUGAAAAAGAUUGACGCUUUCUCCCGAUGCAUCAAGACAUUUGGUAGAAGAGAUUUCCUGAAACCAAUCAUAGUUGCCUUUUUACUAACGAUAGCUGUCGAUGCAUGUGGACGAUAUUAUUUAUUAGCAUAUAUAAUUGAAAUGGUCAUCGAAAUAACAGGGGAUUCUUCGGUUGCAGUUUACUGUUCUAUGGCUUCUGAUCUCAUUACAAUUUUCGCUUCAACUUUGUCAAUAUACAUUAUACGCACGUACAAGAGACGUACUAUUCUGUUUACUUCCGGUUUUCUUACAGCAUUUUUCAUGUUUUUGUUAAGUACAGUCGUAUAUUUAAAAACUGCUCAUGGCAUAGGUGAAAAUUUAAAUUGGUUGACACCUACAAUAAUUAUUUUCAUCACUUUUAUCUCAAGCGCUGGUGCUAUUCCGCUUUCAUUUACGAUAUUAGGAGAAAUAUUCCCCUUGGAGCACAAAGGACUAGGGUCGUUUGCUACAGGAAUUAUUUUUACGUUCCUAUACGCAACAUCUAUGAAAUCUCUACCCAUGAUGAUGGCAAGCAUAGGAGUUGGAGGUACUUUUGGAGUAUUUGGAACAAUUAUGCUUGUAUGUUUAGUUUUGCUCUUAUUCACAUUGAAUGAGACGAAAGAUAAAACUUUACAAGAAAUAGAAGAUGAGAUUAAGGGUAUAAUACGGGCUAAGCCGGAACUAUUGAUAGAAAGCAAGCCUUUAGCCGCAGAAUCUUAAUUCUUGAUAAAAGAGUGGUUAAACUUUUGACAGUCUUAUGUUUGUCAGUGAUAUUUUUGAAGAGUAAUUACUAGUGUAUACAACUGCACUAGAGUUGGGUUUUACGAAAGUGAUAUUAUCACAGAAGAAGACCCUUUUCAACAGUUUAUUAGUAGUUGUAAGCUGGCAUUCAAAAUACCAAGUGGGACAAGAACACAAAACGAUACAUAUAUUAUACAAGUUAUUGUAACUCUCAACGAACUCAUUUAUUUUCUAUUUUCACCAACACUGGCUCCACUUUAGUCGUCAUUAAAAGAGGUUGUUAACUCAAUUUUUGCAAGCAAAUGGUUUUUAAGCCUUUGCACAAUAUUAUAUUUAUGUUACCGUUUGUUCUGUUGGCAGAUGUGGAAAAAAUUGAAUCUUAAAUCUGCUAACAUAAUUUGAUCGAGCAUAUGCUUAUCAUAGCAUAUUAUUUAUGAUACGCAUAUGCUCGAUCAACAUCCAGGUUAAACUCCACAUAAUGGACGUUUGCAGUGGUAAACAGCACAGAUAUAAAAUUUGCUGCGUAUAUUAGAUUAUUUAAUUAAAAUACUAUUUAAAGUAAUAUAGUUACAAUUAGACGCGUUGUAAUACUUUAAAAAGUAUUUCAUUUAAAUGUGUUUAUGCGUUGAUCAAUGAAAAUACUAUAUUUGAUUAUCAAUAAAUGACUUUUGCGGUAAAGCUCAGAAAUGGGUUCUGACGAGGGAUUUUUUUUACAGUGAAAAGCACAGUAAGUAAGUUCUCCAUCUUAAGUUGUGCUGAGAAUAGUACGAAAUAGAUGUUGUUUAUUUGAUGAAUACGUAUUUAAAAAUUAUGUUUUAGAAGCGAAAUUUUAAACUAAAUUUAUAUCACUUCACUUUCGAUGAAAUAUUGUAUUAAUACAUAUUUUUUUAAUGCACUAUGCAUAUAUUUACAUACAUAUAUUCAACUUGUAUAAUAUAUUAAUUAUUAAACCUCUCCUUUAUAGUAUUUAAUUCACCGUUAUAAUUGUUCUAUACGAUUUAAUCUGUGAUAGUAUUUAUCAUAGAGUAGGCUAAAACAAUAUUAGGUGUAUAUUGUGUAAUGUAUUCAUUUCUCAUAUAUCGAUAUAAUUAAUUUUGAUUUCAGUUAAAUUUCUCUACAUUAUGCCUAUUAUACCUACCUAUAGGUAGUAUUACAAUUAUGUAAACAAUAUGUUAUGUUUUUAAAGUGAUAACCCCCACUUCUAGGAUUAAUACACAAAUAAAAUUUGAAAAACAAAAUUUUAUGAACGAUGUGGGAUUCGAACCCACGAAACGGAACGCCGGAGUUCGUGGGUUCGAAUCCCGCAUCGUUCAUAAAAUUUUGUUUUUUAAAUUUUAUUUGAGUACAAUUAUGUAGAUAGAAAACCCCAUGCACUAAAAUAUAAUACCACAACUUACCACAUUUCUUCAUUGUAAUCAAUUUUAGGUGCUGUAAUACGUUAUAUUAAGGAUUGGUCUCCGCUGCGCUCCAACUAGAUACCGCAGCCGUAGUCGCAACGUGCGGCAACUAAUACUACGCUCAAGUAGGCGUACUCGAGCCAAUCUCGAACAAUGUGUGAAGUUGACGUGCCACGUGUUCUGUUAAACUUUGCUAACAAUUGAAACUAAGCCGGGUUGCUUAGUAAAACUUUGUAAGAUAAUACUACAAGAAAUAAGAAAGACACUGGGAUCACAUAUCAUCAGUAAAUAUUUUGUAAUUUAUUAAUUUCAAUCUAUAUAUAUAAAAGAGAAUGAAUGUUUGUAUGUUCCCUAAUAACUUCUAAAAUAUUCGACCGAUCUCAAUGAAAUCUUUUGGAAUAGAUUCGUUGAAGCUCAAGGAAGGUUUACAUAUAUAAUUUAUAUAGAAAAACGACGUUAGCCAGGUCAGCUAGUGUAAAAUAACACUAAGCGUGUGUUACAAAAUAGAAAAGAUAAAAUUGAGUGUCAAGAUGACACGCACACAAGCAGCUUCUUAACACAAGUUCUUAGAUAGUGCGGUAUAUAGUUGGAGCGAAGCGGAGACCAAUCCUUAAUCUAAGUAUAAUACUAUAUUUACAAAGCAAACUGACAGUUAUUUUUUUAUUCAAAAACCCUUUUACAUGUUGAUAUUAUAACCGUAUAGCUAACGAAUAACAUGAAAUGAACUGGCUGAACAUAAUUCGAAUUUAGCCCACCUAAAUGGUCCGCACGAGCUUAUCUGCGUAUUGAAAAUAGUGAAUCAAUUUUCGUUUUUAAGCGGUGAUCCUCUUUAAGAUAUGCGAUGUAAGAGCUAGUUGGCCCUUCACUGACCUGUAUAAAUACCACUGGACAGGCUGUACCUUAUAUUAUGUAACAGCAAUUUUUUUGUGACAGUUGUCCAGAGAACUAAUUUUGACGUAUAAUACAAAUGGCUGCGCGGGAACGUACAAUACUCUGAAGUAUUGGAACGAAGUUCCUUACGGCAGGCUUGGAGGGGAUAGGGAUUUUGCUGCGCGACCGAACAGAAAAAAAUGUUAUAGUAAAACCGUAAGAAAAAAUCAGUGGAAAAAAGUGCGUGGAAAAGUGCGUGGAAUAAAACCGUUAAAUGAGACGUGCGCAGGCGCGACAGUCGCAUACACAUGCGAGUAGUGUAUAAUACCUAAUUGAGCACGAUUUUUUUUGCAAUUUGUGUCGAUUCUACAUUAGCCGAAGGAACUUCGUUCCUACCUGGUGUCCCACGACACCACAUCAUUUUUUUUUCCUUUUUAAUUAAUUUAGUUCGUUUUCCGUGUUAUUUAUACUACAAGAAUCAACGUAUUAGAGUGCACAUUUUUUUUUGUAAAUAGUUUCCUACCAUCUGUCGAUUUUUGCUGAGGUUGUCAUAACUAGUUUUAGUACCGCAGACUCUCGCUACAUGGCCAACGGCACAAAAGCUCUUUGACAGCCGCCAGUCCAGUUGUAUAUAGUAGAGGUCAGUGUGGUGCUUCCAUAGCGUUCCGAUCUGUUUUAUUGCUUUUAUCUUAGAUCAUUUAUACGUCUAGAUAGACUAUGACAGCUGUGAAAACGUCGAAAAACUUACCUAUAUUUUGAGCAAUUUACGCACACACAAAGUGUCAUACAAAUCGCGAGUGUAAGACGUAGCUUGUCACGCACACUAAACUAAUAAUCCUGGCAUGUUUUCAUCGGUUGUCUAAUAGCAGGAGACUCUAUCUAGACGUAUAAAUUAUGUAAGGCUUUUAUAAUAAAUCUUAGACUUUAAGGAUUUAAUAUAUUAAGCGCAUAUCCGUCUACAAUUUCUCCGUACAAAUGUAUCCCUCUAUAUAAUUCCUGAUAUCCUCCAAAACAACCCUUUCAAGUUCCUUUUAUGUAAUAACCCACCCAGUGCUCUGAGAACGGCUGGAUCACGAGGCGUUCUACGCAACGCCAAGUGAUCCAUCCAUUCUUGUCAGUCUUUUUUACCACAUUUAUCACGGGGAGUGUUCCGAAAAGCUGUUUGACUUGAAUCCUGAUGCUGAAUUCCCCAUUUGCAAGACACGCCACAAAUUAGGAUAUCAUCUCCACCAUCUGGAUGUGUAUCGAUUCUCCACAGUGCGGCUUUCAAGGAGCCUUCUUCCACGUGCCACAAAGCUGUGGAAUGAACUUAUUUGUGCGGUGUUUCCGGGACGAUACGACAUGGGUACCUUCAAAAUAAGCGCGUACACCUUCCUGAAUGGCCGGCAACGCUCUUGUGAUUCCUCUGGUGUUGCAAGAGAAUGUGGGCGGCAAUGAUCACCUAUUGGCAAAGGACUAAUUACCUGUCUUGUAUAAAAUAUUUUAAAUUGCAAAAAUGAAGUAACUCAACUUGUAGGAGAUAACAGGGAAAUAGGAGGGGGAUUCAAACUUUAUUGAAUAUACGAGUCAUUCAUAAAAAAAAAAUCGAAUAUGAUCUUAAUAUAAUUAAUAAUUAAUAAUUAAUUAGAAUAAGUUAUUAAUUCGUUUUAAAGACACAUGCCAACCUAUAAAUAAUAGACUAUAUUUCUUAACUUAGUUUAUACGCUGUCAAUAAAAAAUGUGCCUUGUUUAUUGACAGCAAUAUAUCCUAUAUUAUUGUUAUAUAUUAAAAAGGUAUUGUUAUGUAUGUAUAUGUAUAUUAUAUAUCAUUGCGUGACUAAAAAGCGUCCCAAUAAUGACGCAUUUUGACAGCGAGUAAUGUUUGUUUCCACUUGCGAGUGACAACACGUAUUUUUAAUUAUUGUUUUAAUCACGCCAUUAUUUUUAAAUUACUUCAGUGUGUGAGUGUGGUGCGCGGAAUACUGUUUUUGUUUUUUUGUGAGUGUAACGUAUCUAUAUAAACAAUAUAACUGAAUACAAAAAUCAACAGAUACAGCUCAAAAUAUCACAAAGUUAUAUAGUUUAUUAGUACACAAUAUAUAUACAACACACUUAAUACUUGUUGCAAACGAUGGAGUUGCAAGAUCCGCUCAAAUUAUCAUGUAUUAUUCUAGAUUAAUGUACGGUCAGCAUACAAAUCUAGAAUAUAAGUAGGUUAUUAGAUUUCAUGUUCUCAAUUACAUUUUUUCUCUGAAUUUGUAUAAAAUUUAUGUCUGCUAGAUUGAAUCAUAUCAUAAUAAUGAGUGUUAAAGAGUAAAGGUAUUGAAAUUUAUAUUGUUUUGUCCAGAAUGUCGAACUUUAUUUUUGUUAUAAAUUCAAAUACAUCCUUCAUACUGUAUACCUGCCUAUUAUAUUAUGGGUACUGUUAUACGACUUUUAAUCGAAUUUUACUCUAAAAAAAGUAAGUAAUGUAGUGUUUAGAGUUUUGUUUCCAGAACACUACUUAAGUGAACUCACAGUUCAUCUCAAUAGAAUAGUUGAUGUGAAUAUCUGUAAUGUUGAUGUAAGCAGUACUACCUGUUAGCAAAUGAGUAAAUAAAACGGUUUAGAGUCUAAUUUCAUACAACCACGCGAAAUGGUUCCACUACUACAAUGAUACAUUUAAUUUUUUCAAGUGUUGCUAGUCAGAAAUAAUCCCUUAUGGAGUAGGUAUAACAGUACUUCAUAUAUAGCAAACCUUAAAAGAUGACAUGCACGAAAUAUAUUGUUAUAUUUAAGUAGCAAUAGUUAUUAAUUCCUUCAUUUCCGUGUUAUUCAUAUCUCUGUGUGAUUUGUUAUAAUUGUCGCCGAAAUGCUACGAAACUGUUGAAGCAGUGUGUGUAACUGAUGUUAUUAGAAUGUGAUAUUUAA